AUGACUCUACCUUGUUGUCAACUGUCUGAUUGGUAUCUUCAACGAAGCACGCAGGGAAGUCGUAAUGAAAAUGUGAAUGAAUUUAAAAUGGUUAAUACCUGGGAGUAUAUUUUAUACUCGAGACAAGUUAAAUUAAGAUGGCUGGAGCCUUGCAACGAUCAUGAUUCACGAGUUUGUCAAACAAAUCAAUAA